AUGCCUCAGAAUGCCCAAGGUAAAGACUUUACUCAAGAUAUUCAGAAUAUGGAUAGCAGCUCCGCUGCUGACUCGACAGAUUCAGACAGUGACCAGUCCAACAACGAUUCAGAUUUAUUGCACGUUCGUACCACAAUUGCAGCACCUCCUCUCAAUGCAUCAGCUGAAGAUCUUUGCAAGGCAAAUCUUUAUGUUUAUUGGGAGGCUCUGAAGAAGAACGCUCUCCUUGAGGCUACACUUUCUAAAGGUCGGAAGACAAAGCUCACCAACAAGGACCUCGCACUCGCUGCCAAGGAAGAUACCAUCAAGAACUAUGGACACAAGUUUUCUGUAACACACUGCCUCUGGGUCGAUACCAUCAUUUUCCCCUUGCAUGCGCCACCUCCUAGGAUCGAUCUCACAAGCAAAGAGCGGUGGCUCUCUCCAAUGUCAAUACAGGAUGGCGUUAAAGCCGAAAUCUUUCUUUUUAUUCUUCCAGCAGACCACAACAUGAUGGCCCAUAAGAACUUCAGUUGCCAUUUUGUCAAAGGCAUCAAUAGUGUUCGUGCCGAAAUGGUUUCUGAUGUCAAGUCGUGCACAGCUGCCAUUUUCAAUCUCGAUGCAAAGUUCUUCAUAUGA